GCGAGGGAGAUCGUAAAGGCGGAGUAUUUACCGCAGUUGUUGGCUGAGGUGGCAAGGGGUGGCAAGGGUGUUUUGACGACUUACGAAUAUAAAAAGGAAUAUAAUCUCUGGAGUACGUGGACGUUGUUACAGCUGAAGGAGCAAUCGUGAAGUGAAGGAUGAACUGUGCUAAACUCACUUGAAGAAAAAGAGAGUUAACAGCAACAGAUGACUGAAUAAUUGAUCAAAUCGUUUAAGAAGCAAGGACAUUAUCCGACACACACACACACACACAUACAUACACAAAGGAAAUGAAAAAAAAAUAAACUAUUCCCCGUCUAACACCUAAAUUUGAAACUCGAUCCAAAGCCUCGACCAGAACCAUGUGAAGCCCAGCAUGAGGCCUUUUUGCUUCAUCGUUGCCGUGUCGCACCUCCUUCACUGCCUCGCGCCCCACGCCUGCCACGCCUUCUGCGGAAUCUCCAGCAGAAGGAAGGUGGAUCAGACUCUUCUCACAUCCACUCGAUCCGCCUCAAACUUCUCCAUGGACCUGCGCACGAAGUGUGAGUACGCGGGUGUGCAUGGGGCUGCUCGGAGGGCGUGCUUGCGGUCGCGGGAGAUGGCGGGCGUGCUCCUGGAGGCGGCGUGGAUGGGCGUGACUCACUGCCAACACCUGAUGCUGCACGAGAGGUGGAAUUGCUCCCUAGGGCGAUCCAGACGGAGGAUCAUGAAGCAAGCCUUUCCAGAGACAGCCUUCCUGCAGGCCCUCUCGGCAGCCUCCGUGACGCAGGUGGUGUCGCGAAGCUGUGCGCAGGGCCACCUCACCCGCUGCUCCUGCGACAACACGGCCUCGGCCACCCCGGCGGACAGCAGGCGGGCGUGGCGCUGGGGCGGCUGUGGUGACAACGUGCGCUACGGGCAGAAACUUGCCGAGAGGUUCUUCAUCGGGAAGCGCAAAGAUGGCAGGAAGAAGGAGGGACAGACAAGCGCCGAACUGAAGGCCGCUGUGUCGCAGGAGUACUCAAGGAGCAGAGACUUCAAAUCUCAGAUCGAUGUGCACAAUGCCUGUGUGGGCAUUAAGACAGUGGCGAGCGCCGCCAAGAAGACCUGCAAGUGUCACGGACCGUCUGGUUCGUGCGUGAUGAAGACCUGCUGGAUCCAGUUGCCAGCCUUCAUCGCCUCGGGGGAAACCCUCAAGAGUCUGUACCAGCGGUCCUCCCUCGGCCGCACCAUCAAUGAGGCACAGAUCACAAAUCGCGCUAGCAGGCCGCGCUAUCCGCGGACAUCCGGCGACAGACGCCUGAAGGGCCACGGGGGAGGCACGCGGAGGUCAGGUCGGCAACGCGGCAUCAGAAAUAACAUCCUGAAAGUCUCCAGCGAGAGGUGCGUGUCGCAUCGUGGCGGGAAGGGCUGGGGCGUGCUCGGCGAUCCCUCGCAGUUGGUCUACUUGGACGCCUCGCCAAACUUCUGCUACAAAAACAAAUACGGGCCGGGCACCAGAGGCCGGUCCUGCGAGAAAGGCCAGAGCUGCAGCGAUGUAUGUUGUGGCCGCGGCUACGACACGAGCGUAGCUGAGGUGACGGAGCCGUGCAAGUGCCGCGUGGUGUGGUGUUGUGAGGUGAAGUGCCUCAACUGUACCCGCGUGGCCGAACUGUACACCUGCAAAUGAGCUGUGUGUGGCCGAGGGUGAGACGGCAGCAGCAGCAGCAGCAGCGAUAGGAGACACCCCUAAUGUGUACAUAAUUAUAAUCUUUGCUUCUAAGGAAGAAUUUAGAUUGCUGUUUAUGACAAUUUACGAUUCUCUCAAUUACCACGAGAAUCACAUUGUGUUGACAGUAUGAAUGAAGAAAAACCUCUGAGUUAUUUGGCGGACACGUCAGAGUCCAAUAAGGUUGUGUGCAUCAUGAAAAUGUGUUAAAAAGUGUUAGAUUAAUGUGACGAAAUGAAGUGCCUAAUGUAGCGUAAGAGUAGCAGAAGCAUAGCAGGGGAGCACCUGGGCGGCAGUGGCGGGCGGCGGGGCGCGGCGACAACACCUGUGGAAGAAGUCAAGUGAGCUACCUGCUGUUACUUUCCUGUGGUGCCUUGCUGGUUGGCGCGACAUCCCGCCGUCUGCAUUGGUGACUGAAAGCGGUGUAAGGUUAGUGGUGUGAAGUGACCGCACGCUGAGACUGUUACACGAGUUAGAAUUUAUGAUCCUUAUGUGUUUCGUGUAUUGUUAGGCGAGGGCGGGGCUGCUGGCUGGGCGGGAACGGCAACACGCUAUGUAGUUUGUGAAGAAAAUUCAAGACAAUAUGCAUCCUCUGGAUUGUGGGAAGAUUAACCACAAAAAUAUAUCUGGAAAAUCGCAUUCGGUAUGUAAACAAGACUGUAUCAAUUAGAUAUGAAAAGAGUAUACCUGAUCAGCUUAUAGGAUUCUGUUCCUCGUGCAAGAGAAAGGGAAUGAUUCCUCCCACGCCGCCGCCGCGCCGCAGCAGCUGUGACUCUCCGCGCCGCCACGCACGCCGCACUCUAUUGCCGCCGCAGUAUUUCAUAAUCAGCUCUGAAUAGUGGAAAUAUAUUACACCUGUCCAGAAUGUAUAACGUUUUAUGCAUAAAUCUACCACGACUU